UAGCUACCUCGUUUUUUGAUUACAGUACGUACUAGCAAUUUUGAACUUUUUUCGAGAAUAAUGAUUUCGUAUGGAACAAUCAGUGGAAUGUUUUGCGGAAGUUGUGACUAUGCCUUUGCAAAUGUUGUUUGAGGAAAGAGAGAAGAUAACUUAGGCAUCUGCAGCUGCUUGCGUUAGAUCGCCCCGACAAACUCCCGUUUCUUCCUGCUGCUGCUGCGGUCGCGCCUUUCGCUUGUGGCGUAUGAAAGCGACUGAAAGAAAUGCCUGCGUUUCUGCGCGCAACAACGGCAGAUAGUAUGCAAAAAGGCCUCGGCAGGGUGCUGUAUGCUAAAGGGUUUAGAAAAGUGAUGGGUUGGCUGGUCGCGAUUCUGUUGAUAUUGUAUUUUGCUACGUUCAUUAGUUGGGAAGCUGUUUACCGUGUGAUCCGAUUGAGGGAAUGGAAUAUCAACCGCUGGAAAUGUCUGGAUUUUGCAGAAGGCAUGCCAGCGGCAGCCGACUAUUCUUUGGUGCAUUCAUCCACUGAAGGGUUUUAUAUUUCCCAUAAUUUUCAUCCCGGAAUCGGACUGGGAAACAAACUGUUUAUAUACGCGUCGUUAUGGGGAAUCGCCGCCAGAAACGAUCUCCGUCUGGCAAUUUCUCGCAAUACCCUACACGAUAUUAUGCAUGUUAGUACCAGUGUUGUCGGACAAUUUGAUCUUAGUGACUGCAAAAACCUGGUGUUUGGUAUGGAGGAAUGCUGCUUUUACGACUCACGGUCCGAAAACUUGUUUUCGCAAACAACAAUAAGAAAUGUUUCGGUAUGGGGGUAUCUGCAGUCUUGGAAGUAUUUUCAUCCGCAUUAUCGUGAAGCUAUUCGGCAUCAGUUUCGUUUUAAACAAGAUGUUCUGGAUAGAGCUGAUGCCGUUCGAACCCGCAUUUUAAAUGAAAUGUCAGAGAAACUGGCUUCGCAUGAGAACCGUUCAAGACCAGUUGUUGGAGUUCAUAUUCGGCGCGGAGAUGUUUUGACUUCAUACCAUCUAAAAGUUGGGCAUGUGGAAAUUCCUGCAGUAUUUUAUGAAAAUGCCAACCGAUAUCUUUUCGAGAAAGGUAUAGUUGAUCCAUUUUAUCUUGUUUGCACCAACGAUCCUGAAUGGGCGAAGGAAAACCUUCCUUUUCGACUAAUGGAAGUGGUGAAUGAAAGUGCUGAAGUUGAUCUGAACAUUCUGAGUAGGUCCAAUCAUUUGAUUCUGAGCUAUGGAACAUUUUCUUUUUUUGCCGGAUACCUUUCCAAUGCAUCAAAUGUUAUUUACUUUGCGGACUGGCCCCGACCCGGCUCGGUCCUUGCAUCGAUGACGAAUUUGUCCGAAUAUUGGGUUCCAGAAUGGAUCGGUUUAAGGUGAUUUCAUGUUCCGGUUUGCUUUUCUGGUCUUAAUUUUGUUUUGUCUAAUACCCGUUGUUUGUAAUCGUUUCAUGGUGUUGGGUAUUUUUGAUUGGAAAACACUGGUUUGUUUGUUCGUUCUUUUUAACAAUUUUAAUUUUUAUUGAUACUUGCUGUUGUGAUCUGUAUGUUAUAUCUUUUUAUGAAUAGUUUUUGUUUGUAUUUUUAAUAGUUUUAAUUCUUUUUUAGUUCUCGUUUGUUUGCUCUGUAACUGUGGCCGUUUAUUGUAUUUUGUUUUAAUGGUUUUGUUACUUGGGGAAUGGGUUGAAAUUGUAAGACAAGAAACUAACAAGAUCAAUGGAUACUCAUGA